AUGGCAGGUGGCAGGGGCUGCCUCAAGCUCGCAAGGCUCUCAAGCGCAAGACCUCUCGUCCCGGGAAGCUCGCCCCUGCUCGAUCUCCUCGCUCCCCGCGUUUUCAGAGGGGUCGAUUCGGCCAGCACGCGUUGGGGGACGGCCGCCAGAGCAGGAUCUUCGGCUGCAGCUGUCAGGCCUGUAGAGGGGCACCCUGCUGUGGCAGAGGAUGCUGCUGACUCUGAUGGAGAUGGGAAGGGAGAGACGGCAGUAGCUGGGCCGAGCCGAUGGGCGGGGCAACUAUCGGAGAGUAAAGGAGGUGUUCCUACGGAGUACAAAGCUGCGGCUUAUAAGGGGAAAGGCAGACAGUCUGGCACCGCGCUCCAUAUACCUACCAUUUCUACCGACAUACCUCCCUCGGACCUCUUACCCCUUCUCGACACCCCCUCGCGCCAACGCCGCCGCCCCGCUCCCCUCGCUUCACACUUCCUCACCCCGAACCCUCCCUCCCCAUCUGCUCUCUCCGCGCGCUACCCCCUCACCCGGCAAAACGGCGACCUCCUCAUCCGCUACGCCCAGCGGGUCGAGGAUAGCGUUACCGAGACCUCCAUCCGGGACACGCUCGGCCGAGAGCGCAUCGCUCCCGUCUCGUGGAUCUCUCCGCCGCUUCGUUGGGACCGGCGACAGCGCAAGCCGCCCCGUACGCCUCGGAUCGGCGAGACGGUGGAUGGGGAGCAGGCAUUCGGGUCGGGUGAUGAUCCCCCUGAACCUGCACCUUUGGUCCUCGGGCCUGCGCUCGCAUCUGCGGAGGCAGCAGAAGCGAUACCGUUUGAAAAAAUGCACAAGCCCAUCUCGCCCGAGAUGAAGAAGCUGAGGGCGGGGUCGAAUGCGUGGGCAAGGAGGAUGUGGCCCCCUUCUCCGCCAGAGGUCCAUUUCCCGCGGACAUGGGGGGCGGAGGAGCCAGUGAAGCCAUAUCGGUUUCUUUGCGAUACGCAUCGUCAGAUCCUCGAUCCCAAGCCUGCCCGGCGACCAUUCAUCGAUUCUCUCCGCGCACUGGAAGCUCUGCCUGGCGUCAAAGAUCGAGAUCUCCUCUCGCUACUCCAUCUGCACCUCUCUUAUCCGCUCCAUACGCCCUACCGUACGCCUCGAGAACCGCCCCCACACCUCGGACAGACCCCCGUGUCAUCCCCCUCAUCGCUUCUCACGCCAUUCUCCCAGUUCCUCCUACGCGUCCCACACAUCCCACCUACCCGUCAGACCUUACACCUCCUCGUCCUCUCCCUCCUGUAUGCCCCGGUCCAUACCUUCCCAACUUCCUCCGACCGGAAAACCCAGGUCUCAGACCUCGUCACCCUCUUCCGCGUCCAGUUCGCCCUCGGACCGGGAUGCGAGACGUAUCGUCACAUGGCGCGAUAUGCGCUCUUGGCGGGCGAUCAACGGUGGGCGAGGGAAGCAUGGGAGGGGUGGUGGGCUGGGAAGAAACGGGUCGAUGAGGCUGUCGCUGAAGAGGACGGGGCGAAGGCGGAGUGGGAACGAGGGAUGGAUGAGGAUUGGGCGGAUCGGCGGACGGAAGGGAUGCAGGGAGAGGAUGUCAUCUUUCGAUUCCGGCACAGAGGGAGGGAGUUGCAGAGGUGGUUUGCGGUGGUGAAGGCGCUCGAGAAGAAGGGGUGGGUCGAACAGGUAGUGCAUGGUGGACAAGGGGAUAAGGCGGGAUGGGAGUGGAUUGCGCAUCGGCAGCCCGCGGCGGAGCUGGGGGUGGAGGAAACAGCGUUGGAGGCAGAGCUGGUGGCAACCGAGGGUUCUAGUAGCAGAGAGUAG